AUGAAGUUCCUGCUCACCCCAAGGAUCGUCUCUCGUAACCACCAGCCUUCUUCUGCCCGGAGAUCAAGCAAGUUGCUCCACAACGUGUGGUUGUGCCUCCGCAUGUGGUCAAAACAGAGGACCCUUCUUCCCUUUCUCAUGACCUUGAAGAGAUUAUGCGUCUCCUUCGCACAGUCCAACUCAAGUAUACAUGUAAGGCCCUUCACAAACCCUGCCUUGUACUUUGUAAUCCGGUGUAUUUACCAGAGUGUGUGCACUCAAGCAGGGGGAGAAUAUUCUGCUGUGAAGAAAGAACCUGAUGCAGAAACAAACACUGACAACGGCGAAGAGGAGGAGAACGAGGAGGAAGAAGACUCUCCUUACUAUGAGUCCGACUAA